GUCACGACGUUUCACAAUAAAAGCCCCGUCUCUCUGUUGUCCUGACGUUUAAGGCGUAAGCUAACUGUGCGGCCAGUGUCUGGAAGAGCAGCAAAAUGGGAGUGACGGUUAGGGUGGAAUACUGUGGUGGAUGAGGAUACGAACCCCGCUUUCGGGAGCUCGCCCAGGUGAUUCGGGCCGAGUUUCCCGAGGCGGAAGUGUCGGGCUUUGUGGGACGAACAGGCAGCUUUGAAAUUGAAAUCAACGGGCAGCUCGUCUUUUCCAAGCUCGAGACAAGUGGCUUCCCGUACGAGGAUGACAUCUUGGAAGCAGUCCAGAAUGCCAGUAAUGGGAAACCUGUGCAGAAGAUCACUAAGAGCCGGGCGCCGUGCAUCAUCAUGUAAAUGAAGUUGCAUGCUGUC